CCGUGCGUCCGAAACUGACCACCCCCGGAGUUAUCUGGGAACCCCGGGGGAUCGGGGACCCCCGUGAGGAGGUAUUUGUGAUCCCCACGGAAUACCUGUGCCUCCCUUGGGGUAUCUGUGACUAAUGGUGGGUAUGUGACCCCCACGGGUACCAGUGACCCCAGUGGGGAGAUAUCUGUGAUCCUCAUGGGGUAUCUGCUCCUUUGGGGGCAACUGCCGUCCAUGGGUGGGGGUAUCUGUCACCUGUGAGGAGGUAUCUUCCCCCGUCUUCAGGGCAUCUGUGACCUCCGGGGCAUGUCUCGCCCACCCAUCAUGUGUUCCAGGAUAUCUUCCCCUCCCCCCCCCCGCCCCCCGCCCCAAGGCAUGUCUGACACUGGAGGGUUUCUGUCCCCCCCGAGCCACAGGUGACUGCUCUCCCCCAGGGUAUCUGCUCUCCCCUCCAUGGGGCAUCUGUGAUCCCGUGGAGUAUCUGCAAUUCAAUGAGGGGUACUUGGCUUUACCCUUUGGCCAUCUGUGACCCCACAGGGGUACCUGUCCCCACCAACAACAUCUCUUACCCCCCGGCUCACUCGCAGGCACCCUGUGGUGUUGGGGGGCCAGGUCCUGCCCCUUGUGCUGGUGUCAGGGAAUCAGUCCACCUCCCACGGGAGGGGAGGAAAAACAACCACAGGUGGAUUUUGGCUGGUGCUGGCCCCAGCCUGGCGCCAGGAGGAUGAAUCCCAGCUGCAUGCCGGGCUGAGGGGGCCAGGAUGGGCACGAGUGUCAAUCCAUGACACAGCGGGGUGCCAGGGCGGGGUGCACUGUCUCCUCCGUGCCCUCAGUGCUGCCCAAUCCAUCGCGUUCCCACGUCCCGUGAUCAGUGGCCAAGGGUUGUGCUGCGCCACGACCUUUGAGAUGAGCUGCGCUCGUCCCAUAGCACCUGGAGCCCAGCUUCCCACCAGUGCUGCCGUCCUGACCGGCUGUCGCCCUGGCAGAGCAAUGGCAGCGGUGUUAGCUCUGCUGGUGCUGGUGGCCUGGCCAGCUGCCAGCGCAGCAGUGGCGGUGGCGCAGGACUCACUGCUCAACGUCUGCAUGGAUGCCAAGCACCAUAAAACAGAGCCUGGCCCUGAAGGGCAGCUCUAUGGGCAGUGUGUCCUCUGGAAGGACAAUGCCUGCUGCACUGCCAACACCAGUGUGGAAGCCCACCAGGACCAGUCCUACCUGUACAACUUCAAUUGGGACCACUGUGGGGCCAUGCCAGAGAAGUGCAAGCGCCACUUCAUCCAGGACACGUGUCUCUAUGAGUGUUCCCCCAACCUGGGGCCAUGGAUCAACCAGGCAGACAACAGCUGGCGGAAGGAGCGGAUCCAGGAUGUGCCACUGUGCCAGGAGGACUGCGAGCAGUGGUGGGAGGAUUGCCAGGAUGCUGUCACUUGCAAGGUCAACUGGCACAAGGGCUGGAACUGGACUACAGGCACCAACCAGUGUCCCAAGGGUGCCAUGUGUCAGAAGUUCAAGUUUGUGUUCCCCACGGCGGCUGCACUCUGCGAGCAGAUCUGGUCUGGCUCCUACCGCUACACAUCCCACCACCGUGGCAGCGGUCGCUGCAUCCAGAUGUGGUUCGAUCCUGCGCAGGGGAACCCCAAUGUUGCCGUUGCCCAAUAUUACGCCCGUGGCAAUGCUCCCCCAAACUCCCCGCUUUCCAUCCUGCUGGCCCUGCUGCCCCUCAUCCUCCUGGCCCCACUCUGAGCAGGAGGGGCUGCAGGCAGGAGCAGGGAGUAGAUGGUCAGGGGGGUCACCAAGCUGCCCUGUGCCUCCCCAUGGGAUGUCCCCAAGCUAUGUCCCCCACAGGCAUGGGGCUCAUGAAUAAACACUCCUGCCCUGCUUA